GGGUUCCCGGCAGCACGUGGCAGUGUUUGUGUACGUGCGGCGGCCGCAGGGCUGGGCAAAGUCCCACAGCAAAGGGUGAGGCUGCAGGGGCGCGGCCAGGGCUGGGGCGAGGAGCUGCCCCGCUACCCCGACAGUCUUUAAAUUCUCCCGUACUGUGCACUCUUACCUGCCGGUCUGCAGCGAGUGUCCCACCACUCUGCACUUCCAGAGACGCUUGUCAUCUGCUUUAGGCGGGAAAUGCUGUUGCUUGAUUGCAACCCGGAGGUGGACAGUCUGAAGCAUUUGCUGGAGAUGGGGACCUCGGUGAACGCACCCCCGGAUUCCUGCGAGCAGUCGCCCGUCCACUUAGCGGCAGGUGGCGGCCUUGCGUACUUUCUUCUCUGGCAGCUGCAAACGGGCGCUGACCUCAACCAGCAGGAUGUUUUGGGAGAAGCUCCACUACACAAGGCAGCAAAAGUUGGAAGCCUGGAAUGCCUUAGCCUGCUUGUAGCCAGUGAUGCCCAAAUUGAUUUAUGUAAUAAGGAUGGGCAAACCGCUGAAGAUCUUGCUUGGUCAUGUGGAUUUCCAGAAUGUGCCAAAUUUCUUACAACAAUUAAAUAUAUGCAGACAAUAAAAUCGAGUGAACAAUCCGAUAGAGAUCAUUGUGUUCCGGUGCUUAGACAGAAACGAAGUUUUGGAAGUGCAGAGAAUACAAGUGGGAAAAGGAAGUGCUGAUACCACGUUGGUCAUGAAGAUGUUUGAAGAAUCCCUUCAUUUCCUGUAGAUCUACAAGCUACUGCUUUUGACUUACCCUGUGUGUCUAAACUCCUAAGGAGGAAGAAAACUUUCUUCCAAGUGAAGAUAACAUUUAAGAAUACAUGUAUUUACAUGCCUAUAAUAUUUUGGUUGUGCAUGCUUUGUCUUCUAAGUUAUUAAAGGAAUGUCUAAA